AUGGCGAUGGCAAUGAGCAGCUACAACCACAUCUUUGUCGAGAAUAUGGUCGACGGCGAAGGCGACAAGCCAUCGCGCAUCCUGCGGCAAGACCAGCUCCUCAUGCCGCAUCUGUACCAGCCGACGAAAGGCUGCCACGCGUGCCACGAGUGCACCAAGGCGUUUACGACCUUUCGCCGCAAGCACAACUGCCAAAUGUGCGGCUAUGUCGUCUGCAAGAACUGCACGCUCGCACACGUCGCCGAGGUCUCGAAGGAUGUCUUGGACGUCAAGGUCUGCCUCUCGUGUGUCGCCCACCUGGAAGCGGAGCACCGGCUUCGCCGCACCGGCACGUCGUCGUCAUUGCGGUCGUCAACCGAGCUCCACCGGCGGCACUCGUCGCGCUCCAACAUGUCGGUCCACUCGGAAGACGACGUCGGCGAGGCCAACCUCUUCCAGCUCUCGCUGCGCGGGAAGGACGCCAUGAUUCGCCGCCCGUCGAGCUCGAUGGAGUAUGCGCUCGACUAUAGCUGGAAGCACAAGUGGCCCAAGCCACCGACGCUGCCGUUGGAAGCGGAUCGGCUCGUC